UCCCUGUCCUCCAACGCUCGCCGGGCUUGUGUCUAGGUAUCUGCCCAUUACCAAAUACUCAACAACAACGCUUUGCUUUGGAUCGCCUCACUUUGGACAGUGUGGUCGCCUUCUUCUUCUCGACCCUUCUAGAUUGUGAGCUGCGAGGCUCUCCUGAGUCCUUGGAGCCCCCGCUCCGAAAUAUCGCCAAUUAUCCUUCCGCACCGCCAGAUACCCUGCUCAUAGGUCCGGUACUGAAAUCUCAAGGAACGUUCAUAUUUUCUGCUUCAACGCUGGUCGAUAUUUCCUGGUCCUUCUUAUCAUACUAUAUACCUCUAUCUCUAAGAUAAUUCCCUUGCUAUCACAUUCACAAUAAUGGCCGGUCAAUCGAAACCCGCGCUCUCACCCUGGGGAAGUGCCGUUGCCGGUGCCACCGGUGCCGUUCUAGCGAACGCCUUAGUCUACCCUCUCGAUCUUGUCAAGACCAAGCUUCAGGUGCAGGUGAAGAAAGCAAGCGAUUCCAAAGAUGGGGGUUCCGACGACACUGUCCACUACAAGUCGACUUUGGAUGCCAUCAACAAGAUCGUCGAGAAGGAAGGAAUCGAGGGCUUAUAUUCCGGAAUCGCCGGCUCGCUGAUUGGUGUGGCGUCUACCAACUUCGCCUACUUUUACUGGUACACCGUGGUGAGGUCCUUCUACAUGGCAUCCAAUAGAGUGCCUAAACCUCCGGGAACUGCCAUUGAACUCUCCCUCGGUGCCGUGGCAGGCGCAGUCGCCCAGAUCUUUACCAUCCCCGUCGCUGUUAUCACCACAAGGCAACAGACACAACCUAAGGGAGAGAGGAAGGGCCUGAUUGAGACGGGGAAGGAGGUCGUCGAGAGUGAAGAUGGCUGGUCUGGACUAUGGCGAGGACUGAAGGCUAGUUUGAUCCUGGUGAUCAAUCCCGCAAUUACCUACGGUGCCUACCAGCGUCUAAAGGACGUCCUCUUCCCAGGCAAGAACAACCUGAAGCCUUGGGAAGCUUUCCUCCUCGGUGCUCUCUCCAAGGCGAUGGCCACAAUCGCGACUCAACCAUUAAUCGUGGCCAAGGUUGGUCUCCAAUCCCGGCCACCCCCGGGCCGCGAAGGAAAGCCCUUUAAGACUUUUGGUGAAGUCAUGCGGUAUAUUGUUCAAAAUGAAGGUCCUUUGUCCCUUUUCAAGGGAAUUGGACCUCAAAUCUUGAAGGGACUGCUUGUGCAAGGCUUCUUGAUGAUGGCCAAGGAGAGGGUCGAACUCAUCUUCGUGCUUCUGUUCGCAUACCUGCGUAAAAUCAGAGAGCAAAAGCUCAAGAAGGUUGUGGACUCUGCUGCGUCGACAGCCAAGACCAGUCUUCCAGCGACGCUCAAAUAGACACGAAUACGCCUCGACACGUUAAUACCGCUUAUCUCUUGUACGAAUUCCUUUCAUUCUGUGGCGCACCGGUUGUGAAUACACUCUAUUGUCAGGUUCUGGUUUGAUGACCUAAGAUACUUAGUUGUCAAUGUCGAUACAUAAUGGCAGCAUGACUAUUAGAACGUACAAAUACAUCAGAG